GCGACAAGGGUGGCUGCCUUUCUGUUGUGUAUCGCCACGGACAACGGGGUACGCACGCUCCGUCGCCAUGGAAACGCACCGCUAGCCCAAACAAACCGAGUUUUUCGGGGCUGGCAUCAGUCUCCUUGCUCUGAGUGCCUUUCGGUCUAUCAGUGUGGUUGCCUAUUAUUUUUGGUUUUUUGGUUCUCGAUAGACGACACGCAACGUCGCCACAAAAAAAGCCGUUCCAGAGAUGACGGAAGAUUUGAAGCUAACAGUGGUCGAGCUGAACAAGCUGCUCGAGACGGACUACAAUCUGAUAACGUUCGAUUCGCUGUCGCCCGAAUCGCUGCUGCAGGUGCUGGUGGACGUGUUCCACGCGUUCGGUGCGCUCGACAAGCUGGACGUGCGGGAGGCGGACCCGGAGGAGACGAACGCGCUGGUGAUGGAGGCGCUGCGCAAGGUCCAGUACCGGCCGGCCGAGGACAUCGACGAUCCGGGCGCGUUCCGGCGCGGCAUGGUGCGGGGCGAGAAGCGGCUCAUCCAUCCCAUCCUCUGGUGGAUGUUCGAGCACCGGGAGCGCGUGAAGAAGGCCGCCUAUCUGGCAAGGUUUCUCAUUCCGCUCGAUCUGCCGCCGGAGGCACUGGCGAUGCCCGAGCUGGGCAGCCUGUGGGCACAGUACCAGGAGACGAUGAACGGCUUCAAGGAGGCGCACCGGGCGUACGAGCAGUCGGUGCACGAGGGCACGCAGACGCGCGAGCUGCGGAACGACAUUAGCGCGAUCGAGACGGAGAUCGAGAACGUGAAGAAGCGGAUCGAGCGCACCCAGGGCCGGCUGGACAAGGUGCCCCAGCAGGAGCUGCUGCUCGAGGCGGCCAACGCGCUGCGCAUCGAGAAGGAGCGCCAGAAGGAGCUGCUGCAGCAGAUCGACGAGCAGCGGCAGGACCUAAGCCGGGCCAGCCUCGUGCACGACCGGCUGCAGAAGGAGCUGCACAACGCGAAGCUGUCCGUGCAGGGCGCCACGCCGCGCAACCUGAUGGACGGGCUGGUCGAGGAGACGCAGGUGCUGGAGUUUAUGGUGCAGCAGAAGCUGCCGCAGGAGCUGCAGCAGCGCCAGUCCGAGGUGCAGACGCUGCAGGAAGUGAUCGACGAGCCGAACAUUACGCGGGCCGACCUGCAGGAGCUGCAGCAGCGCAUCGACGAGCUGACGCGCGACAUCCAGCGCAUGGUGGAGGGCCGGAUGGCGGACCACAGCACGCAGAGCGAUACGCUUGGGCCCUUUCGGCAGCAGGCGGCGAUGGUGGCCCGCAACAAGGAGGCCGCGGCCGAGCAGCUCGACCAAACGACCAAGGAGCUGCGCGAGGUUGAACGGCAGCUGCAGGACCGGCAGCGCCAGCUCCAGGACACGGUCGGCGAGGUCAUCCUGCGGGGCGAGGAGCUGAAGCAGUUCGUCAGCACGCUGCGCGCCAAGAGCAACGUGUACAAGCAGCAGCGGGCCGAGCUGGCCGCGGUCAAGGCGGAGGUGAGCGAUCUGACCCAAACGCUCGAGAACCUGAAAUCGCAGGACCCCUCGCUGUCCGGUGCGCUGUCCCAGCUGGCGGCCGACGAGGACGGGACGGUGCCGGGCGCCAAUGAGGGCUCCGCUUCUCGGGCAGAAUCGCCCACCGGUGGUGGGGCGCGUGGCAUGACCGAGCUGGCCCGGCUUGUCGACGGCCUUCAGCGGGCGGUCGGGGCCGCCCGCGAGCGCGUCACGCCACUUUCCCAGCAACUGCGGCCGCUGCGGGAACGCGUCAUCGAACUGAAAGACGAAAUGGACUCCAAAAAGCAGACAUACGACGCACUGAUCGCUACCCUCAACGCCGAAUCGGCCACGAUGCAGUCCAAGAUCACGGAAACGGAGCGGGCCAUCCACAAGCUCGAGCAGGAGUGGCAGGAGCUGCAGCUCGAGCACGAACGAUCCCAGCUACUGCUGGAGAAGGCCAACGAGGAACUGUCCGCCGCUACAGCGGCCGCCGGCAGCGGGGAGCGCGUCUCGCUCAAGGAAACGCUUUCCCAGCAGAUACUCGAGCAGGAGGCGUCCCUCAAACGGUUGACCGAGGAGAAGGCGAGCCUGCAGGCGAGCAAAACGGACCGCGCCCAGCAGCUGCAGAUGUGGACGGAUUUGCGCAAGCUGUUCGAGGUGAAGAUUCGCUGUCUGAAUGAGAGCAAACAGCGCGGACCGGGUGGAACGCUGUCCGUGAGCCGGGGCGGUGCGGAAACGUUCACGUUGCAGUGAGCGCAGGUUUAUGUAUUGUGGGAGUGGGA